AGAGAGAGAGAGGGGGAGAGAGCUGAGAGACACAGCAUCUCUUCUGAGGCAGCAGCCGAAGAAUCUUCACGAGUGAGGCAUUGAUGGAUCUGUCGGGGCUACAAAAAUAAUUAACAUCAUUACAAUCCUGUAAAAGUCAUUAUGAUAUGCCAAACGAGGCCACAACGAAACGGAUGAUCCAUUCAUAGCUCCCCUUUGUAGCCGAUAUAAAACAUCAAAGAAGAUGUAAAGCAGAGGCACAACGCAAGUACGCAAAUGAGAGGUCUGACACCCUGUUUGGAGUGUCUUUAUUUUAUUAAUUUAAAUAAUUAGUUAAUGUAGGCCUUCUCACAACAGAGGGAGGCACCGUGGAAAUGUAUCACCAUGGAAAGGAGAGAAGACGAGCAUCCUUUGCGUUGAGUUAACCGCUAAUGCGUUACACGCAUUUGUUUUUAUUAUUGUUUUAUUUUAUUCUCUGCCUUUCUCUUAUGGACUCAAAAAUGUGGUAAGCUAUCUGUCGACUAGGAAGAGAGAGAAGGGAGUUGUCAGAAUGAGGAAAGAGAGGAGGAGGGGGCAUUAAGAGGUGUUCUUUUUUGGAAAAGGGGGAGACAGACCGACACCGAGAAGGUGAAUUGAUGUAUGAAAGCCUGCGACACCUCACUUUAAUGAGAAAUAAUCCUGCAAAAGAAAGAAAUGGCGUAAAACAUAACCCGAAAAAAGCAGGAGGCGAGAGAACCAGACGCAUCUUCAAGGGAGACCCUCGCGUUCUCACGUUUACUGGGAAUAUUUUGGGUGUGGCGUGUUGGCUGUGGGAGCUGUAAGUCUGCAGCUGGCCUAUCAGGAGCUCUCAGGAGGAUGGACCAGAGCAGACAUUCUAGCUGAGGAUGCCUCCCGUCCCUCCCCCUCUCUACACCAGCUUUCUCACCUCUCACACUAUGCUAGGAAAACACACUCUACACCUCUGAUUUUGACCAAACCCGCCACCCCUCCCAAUACCUUAUUUCUCCCAGUAUCUCCAAUAACCUACUAACUUCAGGGUAUUUGGAGGGCAUUUCUUUACCCUUUUCUGCCCACGAGUGAACUCCUAGUCAUAUUUAGUUUGCUGGGUAGAAGACCGGAGGACAUGUCCUUCUUCCCAGAGAGUGGCCCCAGACAUCCGGGGCCCGGUGGGACGCGGCGCUCCAGCCCCCGCAGGAUGUCUGACCCAUGUCUGGUGUGGCUCCUGGGCCUGGCCCUCCGCCUGGCCCUGUCCUCCUGCCAGCGGGCCGACCUCAGCGGGAAACACCCCACGGUCACCACGGGCUACGGCAAGCUGCGCGGCGUCAGGAAGGAACUCAACAAUGAGAUCCUGGGACCUGUGGAGCAGUACCUGGGCGUGCCCUACGCCACCCCGCCCAUCGGCGAGCGCCGCUUCCAGCCCCCAGAGGCGCCAGGCUCCUGGCAGGAGAUCCGCAACGCCACCCAGUUUGCCCCCGUGUGCCCGCAGAAUGUACAUGGGGUGUUGCCCGAAAUAAUGCUGCCGGUGUGGUUCACUGACAACCUGGACGCUGCAGCAGGCUACGUUCAGAACCAGAGUGAGGACUGUCUGUACCUCAAUGUCUACGUGCCCACUGAGGAUGGUCCGCUCACAAAAAAACACGAUGAGUCUACAAUGAACAAACCGAGGGAUGAAGAUAUCCGUGACCGUCGGAAGAAGCCGGUGAUGUUGUUCAUUCAUGGCGGCUCCUACAUGGAGGGGGCGGGGAACAUGUUCGACGCCAGCGUCCUCGCAGCCUACGGCAACGUCAUUGUGGUCACUAUGAACUACCGUCUGGGCGUGCUUGGGUUUCUGAGUACCGGGGACCAGUCAGCCAAGGGGAACUAUGGUCUUUUGGACCAGAUCCAGGCUCUGCGCUGGCUCAAUGAGAACAUUGGCCACUUUGGAGGAGACCCAGAGAGGAUCACCAUCUUUGGCUCCGGGGCUGGAGCCUCCUGUGUCAACCUGCUCAUCCUCUCCCACCACUCAGAGGGUCUGUUCCAGAGAGCCAUAGCCCAGAGCGGCUCAGCCAUCUCCAGCUGGUCGGUCAACUACCGGCCCCUCAUGUACACCAAGAUCCUGGCUAAGAAGGUAGGCUGCAGCUACGGGGACACGGGAGAGCUGGUGGAGUGUCUGAGGAGGAAAAGCUUCAGGGAGCUGGUGGACCAGGACAUCCAGCCGGCCAGGUAUCAUAUCGCCUUCGGCCCCGUGGUGGAUGGAGACGUGGUGCCCGACGACCCCGAGAUUCUCAUGCAACAGGGGGAGUUCCUGAACUAUGACAUCCUGCUGGGGGUGAACCAGGGAGAAGGGCUGAAAUUUGUGGAUGACAGUGAGGAGGAUGAUGGCAUCUCUGCAGCCUCUUUUGACUACACCAUCUCUAACUUUGUGGACAACCUGUAUGGAUACCCUGAGGGUAAGGACAUCCUGAGGGAGACGAUAAAGUUCAUGUACACAGACUGGGCCGACAGGGACAACGUGGACAUGAGGAGGAAGACCCUGCUGGCACUGUUCACAGAUCACCAGUGGGUGGCGCCAGCGGUGGCCACAGCCAAGCUGCACGCUGAGUUCCAGUCUCCUGUCUACUUCUACACCUUCCAUCACCACUGCCAGACGGAGGCCCGGCCAGAGUGGGCGGACGCGGCCCACGGGGAUGAGCUGCCCUACGUGUUCGGGGUCCCCAUGGUGGGAGCCACAGACCUGUUCCCCUGUAACUUCUCCAAGAACGACAUCAUGCUCAGCGCUGUGGUCAUGACUUACUGGACCAACUUUGCCAAGACCGGGGAUCCCAACCUGCCUGUCCCCCAGGACACUAAGUUCAUCCAUACCAAGCCCAACCGCUUUGAGGAGGUCAUCUGGACCAAGUUCAGCUCCAAGGACAAGCAGUACCUCCACAUUGGCCUGAAGCCCCGUGUCCGAGACAACUACCGGGCCAACAAGGUGGCCUUCUGGCUGGAGCUGGUGCCUCACCUGCACUCCCUGCAUGAGGACAUCAACCCCAUCACCACCCGCCUGCCGCCUGGAGGAGGAGGUCCCCGCGUCCACCGUCCUGGACCCCCUGGGGCACGCUCCACCCGCCACCCCGUCAUCUCCACCAACCCCUCCGAACCCGAGCCAGACCCCUCCGAGCCGCCCCGCCGCAACCCGUUCCCCGACGAGAUAAGGGACUACUCCACGGAGCUGAGUGUGACGGUGGCGGUGGGCGCCUCGCUGCUCUUCCUCAACGUGCUGGCCUUCGCAGCGCUUUACUACAAACGGGACAAACGCCACGAGCUGCUGCAGAGACGCCACCGUCGCUUGUCCCCCCAACGCGGCAUGGGCACCGACAUGGGCAUGGGCGUGGGCAUGGGAGUGGUGGGCGCCCCGUCCCACAAUGACCUGGCGCUGAGCCAGGAGGAGGAGCUCAUGUCCCUGCAGAUGAAGCAGCAGAGGGUGGAGAUGGAGCACGGCAUCGGCACGCCCCUCCCUUCCCGCGGUCUCCAUGGCGACCUGGAGACGCUGCGGGCGCAGGUGGGCCCACCGGACUACACCCUGGCGCUGCGGCGGGCACCGGAGGAUGUGCCGCUGAUGACAGCCAACACCAUCACCAUGAUGCCCAGCACCAUCAGCGGCAUGCAGCCCCUCCACCCCUUCAACACCUACCCCCCUGCCCCGGCCCCCUCCACCACCCCCACCCCUGGCCACAGCAACAACGCCCUGCCACACCAACACUCCACCACCCGCGUAUAGGACCAGGCAUAAACUCUGGAUCCGCAGAGAUACAAAUAAACACCACACAGACUGGUCCUCUCCUCCUUCUUCUCUCUCUUACUCUCUUAUUUUUCUGUGUUGCUUUUUUCUCUUUCUCUCUCUGUUAUUCUGUUCUCUGUCAAUCUCCCCAUUAGGCUGUGUUAUCGCCCCCUACUGUUGGGAUGCAUGGCUCAGUCUGACUCAGGCUGUGGGCUGCUGGGACAAAGACUAUCAUUACCCAACUAACACAUCUCUAUCACACAUCUUCCAGCCUGUUCAUAUGUCUAUACAAUCUGGGUGUUUCACUCUCUCUCUCACGCUCUCUAUCUGUUCCUCUUCUCUCUGCCUCCCACUCACUUCUCUCCAUGUCUGUUCCUGUAGCUCUUGAUCACAACGUUCACACAAUCCUCCCAGUCUCAUUUUCAUCCUCUUUCUCUCUUGCGCAAACCACUUCAGGACUCCGUUUUUUCCUCUUUGGAGUCUUUUAUACAAACACAUAAAUGUAAAUUAUGUAUUACUGAUCAAUUGUAAGGAUAUGAAUGAAAAAAAGUGAGAUUCUGAUAUCUCGUUUUUACCAGCAUUCUUGGUGCCAAGUACUGUGAUAACGCUCCUCUUUCAAUGGGGUCCAAUGGACCACCUGGAGAGGCCCAUCCUGACUUGAUCUUACACAAGGAAUUAACAUCAUCAAAAAAGUGCCAGACGUUUCAUUUUUCUUUUUGAUCUUUUGCACUUUCUUUUUGUUUUUUUAUUGCAUUCAGUGUUGCACCGUGACUGGGCUUUACUCAAGGGGGAAAAUAUUAAAUAUAACCAUGUAAAAAUAUAAAGAGAAUAUUAAGAUUUAUAACAGGUUUGCUGUCUGGGAUCUUCUGCAUGAUUUUUAUUUUCUAAAUGGAAGACGGACAUCAGAGUGGAAAUCUUGUAUUUUUCCUUUUUAUUUUCAGGUUUGUUUUCUUAUUAUACUUUUUGUUUUUUAAGUACUUUCUUUUUGUUAUUUACAUCCGCUGAACUUUGUGCACUUCAUGAAGAAAACUAUCUUCUAUUCUGUAGAUACUUCAAAAAGGCUAUCAAGAGAUGAAUAUUGACUAUAAUUAUAACAAGGACAACAAAUAUGUCCUUUAUUUUUUCAUUUCUUAUCACUGAGGCUGUUCCACAAACACCUGCCACAAAGAAAGACUGAUGGAAGCCCCCUCUCUCUCCCCCUCGUUUUAGUUCUCGCUUUCUCUCAUUACUUUAGCUGUGGAGUGUUGCACGGUCAACAGAAGAGAAAACAUUGUUGGACUUUACCACUCCAUCAGCUUGCAGUGUUUGUCCAUGAUAGGCUAAUACUUGUUUUUAAAUCAUGAAAAUUGAUAUAAUUCUACAUAUUUUCCCGGGAAGUUUUAAGCACUCUCAUCCUCUCCUCAGUGGACUUUUAGCUACAUGCUUCAGGUUUUUGGAGACUGGGUAUGACACUGUCUUUUCAUAUCCUCUUCUGUUGUUCUGAGAUUCUCUCUGUUGCUGAGGGGGAGAGGGGUGCAGGGGGUAUGAGGGGGGCUCAGACAGACUGACUGACAUACUGCAGGUCAAAGGUGAAAAAGCCUUGUACGCACGUUUUAGAUCUUUCAACCGCACAACUGAACACAGGGACACGAUGAACUCUGGACAUUCAUGAAAAAAAACUGUUAAAGAACUGAUGUUGAGACAACGUAAGGAAAACAUUGACAUCGAAACCAACAAUGGCGAUGUAGAGACGACUCUUCAGCAGAAGCCUCCGAUGCACUGAGGAUGCAUUCUAAAUCUUGAGUAGAAAAAACAUUUGAUAAACAUUACUCACAUAUACACAGGAGAAAACAAACCUAGCAGGAUGGAGUUCCCCAUGUUUUUCCUGUUCUGUUUCCUGUCUUGUUUUGGGAUGAUGAUGAUCACACUGGAGUUAGACUGGCGUCUGUCACAGGGGCCGGGACUCAGAAAAAAGAACAAAACACACACCAUGGAAAACAAACUGUACAAUUUUUUUAAGUGUAAGAGAACAAACUGGUAUUUGUAAAUAUUAUGUUUAUGGUUUGGUUUAUGAGUGAACAGUCAAAUCUUUCCUUUGUGACAACAGGUGCAAGUUCAGACAGCUGAUCUGUUAUUGUUGUUUAAUUCUCUUUCAUUUCUUAGAUUUUCAAGGUCAAAGUGCCACAAGUUUUGGGAACAUGUAGACAGUUAUUAACAUACAUGAAUGAUCUGUGAACUACAUCUAAAAUCCUAGAAUGAUUGAGUUCAACAUAAUUGAGGUAGGGAAGAGGAUAUGGCUCAGGUUUCUCUAGGGUAGAACGGACAUACUGGAUGUGUGUGGGGUUCUCGGUGGAGGUGGGCAUUACUUGCACAUUUGUCAAUUACUACAUCAAUCAUGAAGACAGAUUUUGUCUGGAAUGGCAAUUAAUUUAAGAUGAUCCCUUUGCAUCCAUUAAGUGGCCAUUACUGCAUAGAUAGCAGAUUGAGACAGAAUAGGGAUACAGAGAAAAAGAAAAUGGGAGAGAGAUCAAGAGAGAGAGACAGAAGGAAGGAAAGAGGAAGGCAGUGAUAGAGUGGUAGAGAUAAAGCCAUGGUUUGAAACUGUGCUCAAUCCAAACCUACAGAACUAGGAAACUUGAAUCUUGAUGGUGGUGCUGUUGGUACUUGUUAGCGACACUCACUGUCCUGAGAUAUGACAUACAGUAUUACCCAUAGCUUAGAACAGGUACAGUAUGUUGUCAACUCCUUUGUACUCGUUAGUCUUGUUUCAGACUCUGAUGGUUGUGGUUGCUUUGCUAUCCUUUACUCUUACGUCUGCCAUGCACACUCUCCGUUUAAGUCAUUUUCUGGGAAUAACAGCUCACCUGUUUGCUGUCCAUUUGAGAUGCUAAUGUUUCCAAAAAGAAAAAGUAAAAAAAUACAGUAUUUUUCUAAAAGAAAGAAAAAUAUGACUGAAAUUUGGAAACCAGGAAUAUGACAGCCAACAGACUCUGGAAGCACACUCUCACCAAGUUUACACAGUGACACUAAAGUCUGAUGUUGGCUCAAUGUUACAAAGAAACAUUACAAGGAUGCAAAUCUCUACCUUUCCAAGGUUCGCGCUGGGUUGCCCCAAAAAGUUUGCACCUGUUUGUCUCUGUUUUCAUUUAGUCUGAAAUCAGCACCUACUGGAGGAUUGAGACACUGUAAGGAAGCAUAACGAACGGGUUUACAGAAUGAAGUUAAUAUUUCUAUUUCAUAUAGAGACUAUUACAGACUGUAUGUUGUGUACCUGAACUGGAGAACAUUAAAAAUACAUUCUUA